AAAAAAAAAAUGUGCUCUGAUCUGAUGAAAUAACGCUAAAGUAAAUAAAGUGCUGCAAUGUAUGUGUGUAUAUCAUAAUUAGAGUUUACCCUCCAAUUCGAGACCAGUCUAAUUCGAGACCAUUUUUUCGAAGUACCUACCAACUGGCAAUCUUUAGUCUUUUAAACACAACGCCCUACUCCUUAAUUAGAGACUCAAAGUUCUAAAGGUGGUCUCAAGUAUUGAGAUAGCGACUGAUGUGAAUUUUUAAGAAAGUGAGAAACAAUACUAUUGUUUAAAUACAGGCUUACCGUGGAUUCCAAUUAUCAUUAUGCUGUCUGUUGAUAAAGAUUUCUACAGUAAUGAUAAAUAUUGUUACAUCAACAGUACUGAGAAGGGUGCCCUAAUCGGAGGAAUUGUUGUGCCAGUAAGUGUUAUUAUCUUUGGAAACUGCGUUGUUUUUGGUUUGGUUGUCAGAAAGAUAUUCAAAAACACCCAAGGAAAAAUUGUUGAUCAUUCACAAAAAAAAGAGAUUAGAGAGCGGUUUAUCAACGCAGUGGCUAUUUCAUGCUUGCUGGGGCUCACCUGGAUCUUCGGGUUUCUGUCUUUUGAUCACGAUGGCCAGUUGGUGUUUUUGGUUUUGUUCUGCAUCUUCAACACAUUUCAAGGCGUGGCAAUCUUUGUGUUGUUCUGCUUUAUGCGCAAAGAAUGCAAAGACGUGUGGAAGGCAUGGUUCAAGAAGUGCGGAUUUCGGAAACCGAAGUUUUCCCAGAGCCUUCAUACGCGUUCCGAGUACACGGGGAACAGUGGAGGAGAGAUGAGUAACAUCGGAUCAAGUGAAUUUACACAACAAACCAACGCUUCCUUUAAUUCUGAUUCAAGGUUCUAGUAAUCAUAGGCCUAGAUCCUAAAAAAAUCAUUGAUAUUACUGUUAUGGAAUUAAAGAUAAAUUGUAUUUCAGUACAUCAUAUAUAUUACUUUUAAUACUAUCAUUUAUAAUAAAUACUCAGAACUGUUUUAUACUCAUAAUUAUCAUGUAUUCCGUAAGAUAGUCAUAUAAAUACCAGCAAAAGAGUAUUUUUGUGAAUCGUUGCCAUCAAUGGUGUAACCAGGGGGGUUUCAGGGUACCUUAGCACCCCCUCCCCUACCUUUAUGUUUAAACGUGAAAAAUAAUAGUAAAUUAAUAGAAAUAAAUGGCAAUUUCAACAUGAAUAAUUAAUAUGACUGUUAUGGAAUUAUAGAUAAAUUUCAAUAUCAUCUGUAUAUUACAUUUAAUACCAUCAUAUAUAAUAAAUACUCAGAAUUAUUAUAGACCCAUAAUUAUCAUGUACGCCUAUUCCGUAAGACAGGCAUAUAAAUACCAACACAAAAGUAUUUGUGUAUAUCAUUAUCAUCAAUGGCGUAACCAAGGGGUUUUCUCGAGUUCAAAAAAUAAAAUAUAAAAUAUAUGGUAUAGUCAUAGCUAUCGAUAUGCUCUGUCAGUUUUAUGCCUUGCAUAAAAUUCAGUGAUAAAUGAACCUUCCGGAUCCAAACUUAACAAAAUGACCAAC